GCCUGCUGCUCCAGAGCCAUGCCUCCUAGGAAAAAGAGGAGACCCACUGCUGGAGAUGACCAUUCAGCUAAGAAGAGUCGCCAGGACAGGCUUCCAUGUCUUCUCCCUGGACCUUCUCAAUGUCCCCCUCUUGAACAUCAGACUCUGAGGCCUCAUCUUCACUGUCACUUUCCAACCUUGUUGAGGAUGGCACGUUGUCAGGCUCACAAAGCCUCAAAUUUGCCCAGAUGGCCACCUAUUUUUCAACCCUUGUAUUGGUCAGCCUUUUGCAUGCUUUGGUGUGUGUUCCCAAACAAGGACCAGUUGCGCUCUGAGGCGGCUGAUGUUGGUGUGAUUUGGAGGAUGAGGGAGGCAAGGGUGGAAAGAGCCUCAGAUCCAUAAUGUCCCUUCCACCAGGUGGCUGAUGAGAUACAGUUGAAGUCAGAAGUUUACAUACACUUAGGUUGGAGUCAUUAAAACUCAUUUUUCAACCACUCCACAAAAUUCUUGUUAACAAACUAUAGUUUUGCUAAGUCGGUUAGGACAUCUACUUUGAGCAUGACACAAGUAAUUUUUCCAACAAUUGUUUACAGACAGAUUAUUUCACUUGUCAUUCACUGUAUCACAAUUCUAGUGGGUCAGAAGUUUACAUACACUAAGUUGACUGUGCCUUUAAACAGCUUGGAAAAUUCCAGAAAAUGAUGUCUUGGCUUUAGAAGCUCUGAUAGGCUAAUUGACAUAAUUUGAGUCAAUUGGAGGUGUACUUGUGGAUGUAUUUCAAAAUCAAAAGAAAUCAGCCAAGACCUCAGAAAUUGUAUACCUCCACAAGUCUGAUUCAUCCUUGGGAGCAAUUUCCAAACGCCUGAAGGUACCACGUUCAUCUGUACAAACAAUAGUACGCAGGUAUAAACACCAUGGGACCACACUGCCAUCAUACCGCUCAGGAAGGAGACUCGUUCUGUCUCCUAGAGAUGAACGUACUUUGGUGCGAAAAGUGCAAAUCAAUCCCAGAACAACAGCAAAGGGCCUUGUGAAGAUGCUGCAGGAAACAGGUACUAAAGUAUCUAUAUCCACAGUAAAACGAGCUCUAUAUCGACAUAACCUGAAAGGCCACUCAGCAAGGAAGAAGCCACUGCUCCAAAAAGAAAAGCCAGACUACUGUUUGCAAAUGCACAUGGGGACAAAGAUCGUACUUUUUGGUGAAAUGUCCACUUGUCUGAUGAAACAAAAAUAUAGCUGUUUGGCCAUAAUGACCAUCAUUAUGUUUGGAGGAAAAAGGGGGAGUCUUGCAAGCCGAAGAACACCAUCCCAACCGUGAAGCACGGGGGUGGCAGCAGCGUGUUGUGGGGGUGCUUUGCUGCAGGAGGGGCUGGUGCACUUCACAAAAUAGAUGGCAUGAGGCAGGAUAAUGAUGUGGAUAUAUUGAAGCAACAUCUCAAGACAUCAGUCAGGAAGUUAAAGCGUGGUCGCAAAUGGGUCUUCCAAAUGGACAAUGAUCCCAAGCAUAUUUCCAACGUUGUGGCAAAAUGGCUUAAGGACGACAAAGUCAAGGUAUUGGAGUGGCCAUUGCAAAGCCCUGACCUCAAUCGUAUAGAAAAUGUGUCGGCAGAACUGAAAAGCAUGUGCGAGCAAGGAGGCUUACAAACCUGACUCAGUUACACCAGCUCUAUCCGGAGGAAUUAGCCAAAAUUCACCCAACUUAUUGUAGGAAGCUUGUGGAAGGAUAUCUGUAAUGUUUGCUUGAAGUUAAACAAUUUUAAGGCAAUGCUAUAGAAUACUAAUUGAGUGUAAACUUCUGACCCACUGGGAAUGUGAUGAAAGAAAUAAAAGCUGAAAUAAAUCGUUCUCUCUACUAUUAUUCUGACAUUUCACAUUCUUAAAAUAAAGUGGUGAUCCUAACUGACCUAAGACAGGGAAUUUUUAUGAGGAUAAAAUGUCAGGAAUUAUGAAAAACAAUUUGGCUAAGGUGUUUGUAAACUUCUGACUUCAACUGUAUGUUGGCAUGACUGCCAUAUUGCAUCUCCAUCCCAAAGCCCUUGCAUGGAAGUGUACUUUGCCAGACUGCCAAGAACCUUGCCCUCAUCCAGGCCAAGGUGGCGAGACACUGUAGUGAGAUCUUGUUGAUCUCUGCACCAGACAGGAUACUCUUGCCAGCAUACUUGGGGUCCAGCAUGUACACUGUGGUGUGUAUGGGCAUCAGGCAUAAGUCUUCACGCUUUUUGAUGUAUUUCAGAACUGCAGUUUCCUCUGCUUUGAGCAACAGUGAAGUGGGCAGGGCAGUACGGAUUUCUUCUCUUACAUCUGCAAUCGGAGUCUGUACAUCAGACAGGAUGGCAUUGUCUCCCUCAAUCUGUGCAGUGGGUACUGCUAUAGGUUUCAGGCUGCUUACCACUCUCUCCCAAAAUACAUAAUCCAGGAGGAUCUUCUUGAUGGGGCUGUCCAUAUCGGAAGACUGUGAUAUGGCCAUUUCUUGGUGAGACUCCAAGAGACUUCUUGGUGAACAAGUUGCAUACACCGCUCGAACAAGACAUUCAUCAGCAUUUCUUGGACUACAUUCCCCCAUUGAGUCAAAAAAAACUUCUGAUUCCAGGAGGACCAUGAGCUGUUGCUAUCGAUAAGUUGUCUGAUUCAUCAUUUUCACCUCGACUAGAAGUAGAGGAACUUUUGCCAGAGGCUGCUUGUUGUGAGCACUGAGGGGACUUUAUGCACUUGGCGAGAUGAAUGCAACAAAGACGCAGAAUCUUCACAUGAUUUGACACAGUAUUUGCAAAUGUACACAGCUUUUCGUUCUGCAUUAGCUGCAGUGAAAUGUCUCCACAAAUCUCCUAUAAAGAUGAGAAAAAAAUGAGUAAAAAAAAAACGAAUACAAUUCCAUGCACAGUGUUUUUAGAAAACAUGAGGCACCACAAAUCCGAGAGGAGGAGACCUUCUCCAGUAAAAGAUGUCUGGAGUGGUUCUACGAAUACGCAGUCUGUGACGAUGUUGUGGGGCCAGAGGGAAUGGAGAAGUUCUGUGAAGACAUUGGAGUGGAACCCGAAAAUGUGGUGAUGCUGGUUCUGGCCUGGAAGUUAGAUGCCCAGAGUAUGGGCUACUUCACCCUACAGGAGUGGUUGAAAGGCAUGGGCUCCCUGCAGUGCGACUCCACAGAGAGGCUGAGGAACUCCCUGGACUACCUGAGGUCUGUCCUAAACAACACCAGCAACUUUAAGCUCAUUUACAGAUACGCCUUCGACUUUGCUCGGGAAAAGGACCAGAGGAGUUUAGACCUGAACACCGCCAAGUGCAUGUUGGGGCUUCUCCUGGGAAAGACUUGGUCACUGUUUCCUGUGUUCAAUCAGUUUUUAGAGCAAUCCAAGUAUAAGGUCAUCAACAAAGACCAGUGGUGCAACGUUUUAGAGUUCAGCAGGACAAUCAACCUGGAACUCAGUAACUAUGACGAGGAUGGAGCCUGGCCAGUUUUGUUGGAUGAGUUUGUGGAAUGGUACAAAGAAAGAGAGAUGUCAUAGCAUCAGGUACACUGCAACAAAUGUCAACAAAACAACAUAAUGCGACGACGACGGCUAUGAGAAAACAAACUAUACAAAGUGGAGAGGUGCGUGUCAGCGAUGACAGGUGGUGCUUCCAGGUAAUGAUUGCAGGGGGGGUGUAAGAUACAAAACUGGGUGUAAGCUGCCCUGGCGAGAUUGGGAUGUAGAUUACUUAUGGUCACUAUGGAGAUGCCAACUAUGUCCGGGUAAUGUUUCCUACCCAUGAUGCAUUGUGGUUAAGCACAUGGCAGACCCUGUGGUGUUGCAUCCCCUCACUGUGUGCUGUGUGAUAGGAUAACUGUUCUCAUGAGUGGCUGACGUGGGCUAAAUGGUAAUUGGAGCAAAAUCCACUCUUCAACCCCUCGCUCCCUUGAGGAGGAAUUAAACAAACAAAAUCCCUCCCUUUUGAACAGUCGGUCUUCGUCUUAAAUCAAGGUCAUUUUGACCUGGGCACAUUUGAAUAUUGUAUAUCCGUGCUUUGAACUUGAUCUGUGCUUGUCUCUUUAUAACCUACAGAAUCCAUCGUUUCUAUCAGUUUUGUCCUAUAUUUGGGUUGAAUUGGAAUUCUUAAAGACGUACAUUGUCAGGCUGAGUGUUACAGUAGUUGUUCUUUUAGCCAUGGUCCCUAAAGCUGUUACAGAUGGACGAUGACACCUCCACAGUUUACUAUAACUAAGUCAUUUGUGCCAGUGAUUUGAGUCCCCAGUGGUUUUCAUCCCCAUGCUCGCUAUGAUACCACCAGCCUGUGCUAAAGUAUUUUAGCCCCCUGCGAAGGCUUCAGUUGACCUCAUACCACAACUAACCAAUCAGCAGUGCUGCCUAUAAACUCCUAUUACAGUGCAGUGGUCAGUUGUUAGUGGACUGGCCAGCAUUCAUGGUUUACGUGACCAAUCUAUGUUUCUAAGCUGUAGGUUUGUACGUUUUUUUUCCUCAACAUUUUUUAAUGGAGUUUGCUUUACUUGCUCAACACAUCCGUGCACGCGCACACACAGUGGUCAGGGAUUAGAUCAGGAUGAAAUGAGACUUUUGGGCUUAUCAUUCAAGAGGUCUCAAAACCAUAGACAUUGAAGGGUUAGAGUUAGACCAUGGACAUUGAAGGGUUAGAGUUAUAGACCAUGGACAUUGAAGGGUUAGAGUUAGACCCCUGUGACGAUGCUAUGCUUUUGCUAAUGUUCUUGUAACACAUGUAUAAACUUUUCUCUGGCUGUGAUGUGACGCUCAAUUGUCAUGAGUGAAACGUUGCACGCUCUCCGUCAGAAUGGAUGAGAUUUUUGAAAACUUGUUUUGUUUUUUUGUACAGGAAUUUGUGCUUCAUUUGAUAUCCUCCAUGUUGUCUUAACGCAUUAUGAAAACCAUGAUUGUGUAUAUUCAGAGCUGAAACACACAUGUAACCUCAUUUGAGGAAGAGGAGUUCCCUCCUUCAUUUGCCAACCCCUCCUCCUAUCACACACAGUAAAAACAACAAAGUCUGUCUCUCAAACAAAUGGACAUGAACUGAAAUUAACAUGAGACUGUGUUGUUAGAAUGGUGUCAGAUCUUUUGACAUGUCAAUCAUUAAUUGGUCAAACCCAGUGGCAUCUUAUCCACAACUAAAGCAUAAACAGUAAAUGGAUCAAUUUAUGAAGUAGUAAGGUCACAUGAGAUCUCCACCUAUCAGUGAUCCAUGAUGCUUUGGCUGUCCUGUCCAGUCAUCAGUAUAUUUGUCUAUAUUAGGUUUUUGGAGAUGGAGCUAGUGGCUGGACUGGGCACUAAUAAGUCUAAUUCAGAUGGUGUUCUACAUUGGUAAUGCAGGAGGUUGAACAACCCUGUCCUGGCUGUAUAUGUAUGUACAGUAUGUGUUUUCACUGUAACCUACAGUAUCUCUAUAUUAACUUACUGUUGUCAUUCAUUUUUGCUUUGCCAUCUUCCUUUACAGAAAGAUUCAAAUGUGGUUUGUGAUGAAUGUUCGUUCUGUGUUUUUAAAUUGCACAGGAUCAUGUUUGAUUCCGCUACUGUCGGCCGAAUGUAUUUUUACUAUUGCAUUACCACAGUAAUUACCACAUCAUGUGUGCACCUUAUUAUCCAGGUACCCAUAGAUCAACUGAUAUAAAAACAUCAAACACAAUAUGGGCGACUUUCAUUACAGGUUUAUUUAUGAUGGUGUCAUGAAGAGAAUUUUGUAGCAAAAUAGAGGAGUAGGGUACUGAGUGAGUAAAGUAGGUGGAUAUGAAUCUGAGAAAUUGGGUUUUAAUGGUCCCACCUUUUUAUUUGCCUCAGUCUGAAAUAAUUCAGUCACUUAAACAGCUAUUUUCAUUAAGACAAACAUGUCUGGUGUUACACUCAUUUACAACAAUGUAAUAACUAUAAUUCUGUAAUUAAAAUAAACAACUUACGUUUUAACAACUUU